CAGGCGCUCGCGCCGGCCGCCAGGGUCCGCUGUGACGCGGCCCGGGCCGGGCCGCUCUAGCCUCCCCUGGGGAAGUCGCUGUCCUUACCUUCAGCGGGAGCCCGCGCCUCCGUCUUCGCGCCCGCUAGCCCUCCGCUCCGUGCUGCAGCUACCCACUGCCCGCUUGCCGCCCGCCAUGGCCCUGCUGCACUCCAGCCGCAUCCUGUCCCGGGUCGCCGCCGCCUUCCACCCAGGCCUCGCGGCCGCGGCUUCUGCCAGAGCCAGCUCCUGGUGGGCCCAUGUGGAGAUGGGGCCCCCAGAUCCCAUCCUGGGAGUCACAGAAGCCUUUAAGAGAGAUACCAACAGCAAAAAGAUGAAUCUGGGAGUUGGUGCGUAUCGGGAUGAUAACGGAAAGCCUUACGUGCUUCCUAGCAUCCGGAAGGCGGAAGCCCAGAUUGCUGCAAAAAAUUUGGACAAAGAAUACCUGCCCAUCGGGGGACUGGCUGAAUUUUGUAAGGCAUCUGCAGAGCUAGCCCUGGGUGAGAACAGCGAAGUGUUGAAAAGUGGCCGGUAUGUCACCGUGCAGAGCAUUUCUGGAACCGGGGCCUUAAGGAUCGGAGCGAGUUUGCUGCAAAGAUUUUUCAAGUUCAGCCGAGAUGUCUUUCUGCCCAAACCCACCUGGGGAAAUCACACACCGAUCUUCAGGGACGCUGGCAUGCAGCUGCAGGGUUAUCGGUACUACGACCCCAAGACGUGCGGCUUUGACUUCACAGGCGCCAUGGAGGACAUUUCAAAAAUGCCACAGCAGAGUGUCCUCCUCCUGCAUGCCUGUGCCCACAACCCCACGGGAGUGGACCCUCGCCCUGAGCAGUGGAAGGAGAUAGCAGCAGUGGUGAAGAAAAACAACCUCUUUGCGUUCUUUGACAUGGCCUACCAAGGCUUUGCCAGUGGCGAUGGGAACAAGGACGCCUGGGCCGUACGCCACUUCAUCGAACAGGGCAUUAAUGUUUGUCUCUGCCAGUCCUAUGCCAAGAACAUGGGCUUAUACGGUGAGCGUGUGGGAGCCUUCACUGUGGUCUGCAAAGAUGCUGAUGAAGCCAAAAGGAUAGAAUCACAGUUGAAGAUCUUGAUUCGUCCCAUGUACUCGAACCCUCCCGUCAAUGGGGCCCGAAUUGCCUCUACGGUUCUGAACAGCCCUGACCUGCGAAAACAAUGGUUGCAGGAAGUGAAAGGCAUGGCCGACCGCAUCAUCAGCAUGCGGACUCAGCUGGUCUCCAACCUCAAGAAAGAGGGCUCCUCCCACAACUGGCAGCACAUCACCGACCAGAUCGGCAUGUUCUGUUUCACAGGACUAAAGCCCGAACAGGUGGAGCGGCUGACCAAGGAGUUCUCCAUCUACAUGACCAAGGAUGGCCGCAUCUCUGUGGCAGGAGUCACCUCGGGCAAUGUGGGCUACCUUGCCCAUGCCAUUCACCAGGUCACCAAAUAACUUCCCUGACGAGAGGAAACAGAGAACCUUCCUGUCACUGCUGCUGUCGUGAGAUUCACAUGGAGGAGGAGGGAAGGGUGGGUGGUGUGAGUGGAUCAUUUCUUUCAACCACAGGACUUAAAACUCAGCAUUUGAACAUGUUUCUCAGAAAAAAAAGAAAAACUGUAGGAAAAUAGGUAGAAGCAUCUGUGUGGAACUUUGUGGCUCUAAACCAAACUCUCCCUCAUCUUUGUAUCAGCUUUUCCGAAAGAGUUUACACGUACAAGAAAGUCAUAGCCAAAAAGAACCUUUCAGUCACGCCAUUGCAAUAUUUCCGAAGCUUUAACUGAAGCCCCUUGUGGUGUUGAAUCCAACAUGAAAAUACCACUUAUUAGAGGCUUUGUGAGAAGACCUAGUUCUAACAUUAACCGUCAGCCUCCUGUUUGUCCCGUGAUUAAGCAACCUUAUCAACAGACCACAUUACAGAAACCCAACAAGUCUGCUGCCACUGCAGCAAGGGAAAAAAAGAUGCUAUUUCCAGUCUUAUUUAAGAAAAAAACGAAGGCCCCCCCUUUUUAGUGCUCGCAGGCAUUUUAGUGUUCCUCUGGCCCCCCGAGUCACUGCCGUUCUUUUCCGUAGGCACAGAGAUCUAUAACUAGCCUAGAUUUUUAUCCUGUCCUCUGCUCCAUUGACCAUCCACCCCAUCCUGCAGCAUUCACAUGAAGAACGAAGAACAUAGUUUACUGCUUGCCCCAUGCCAUUACCUUUCUCGGCAGAGAAGAGGUAACUGCACUUAUUUCAGCAUCCUCUUCAGUGAUUGUCUCCUGCGGGAGGUUGCCUCUGCCCGGUUGGACUUCGCGCCUACGUUCAGUGCAGUGGUGCCGUCACGCAUCUUACAUCACAUCACGAGUUGGGCAGUGCAGGGUGAAACCAGGAAAGAAGUUCUCUGGGCUUUGGUCUUAACCUUCGUGUGCUGCCAGCUGGACCCAGGCUUCACCCUCUAGAGAGAACCACCAUCUGCUCUAAUCAUGUAGACUUACUGCAGCCUGGUUUCUCUGUUAUAAUAAAGUUACUGUAGACCCGA